AAACACUUUACGUCACCCCAAAUGUUGUUACCGUGGUUACUAGAACAGCUUACUGCACAUGCGAAGACCCAGAAAUUGAAGCGCUUACGUACUGCGUUUGGAAUCGUUAUUAAAUGUGUGCAAGGAUGAAUUUAGAGAUUAAAGGAGUAUCUGCUACCCCAAGAGCACCACCUAGCAAUCAGCUUUCCAAGGGUUGGAAAAAAGAACUGCUGUCUUCUGAACCUCGACCUAGUGAAGUGCCUUGCCUUGACCUUGGAAAACUUGGAGAUUCAGAUGACGAGGACACUUAUGUGCCCCUCAGUAAAGGGUACCCAAGAUUUGGUCCCCCAGAUUCAUCUUCAACCAUCAGCUGGGGAAGUCCAUUACACACUCCUCAGCAUUCUCAGAGGCAGCAGAUUUCAAAGCAUACCAAUCAAGUUAAGAAUCAGCUUCCUGUUACUGAGGUGAAGCAUGUUCCUGAGAAUCUGCCUACCCCAUCUGACAAAUACAGACUGAAGUAUCUGCAAUAUGAGGAAGAAAUGAAGCAAAGUUAUAAGCAGUACACAUUGAGAUGUGCAGAAAAAAAGCAGCCACACACGCAAUGUUAUCCUGUCCAUAAUACAGAACAAAAGGAUUUAAUUCCCACAGAAAACAAAUUUUCUGAUUUUACACCUUUGGAUGAAAAAUCCCACCUGCAGCAAUGCUACACUGGAAAACCAUACUCAGCACAGCAGAGUCUGAGAAAACUGGAGGCUGAGGACCUUGCUGCUGAAAGAAGAAAGCAAGCAGUUGUAGAACAAGUUAUGAUAGAUCAGCUUUCGAGGGCUGUGAUAAGUGACCCAGAGCAAAAUGCAGCAACCACCACAAAUGCCAUCACCCAGCGAGACUUAUCAUCUGCACCUCUUCGCUUCAGGAAAAGAACUCUGCAUGAUACUAUGAUAAAAACAAGUACAUCUUUAACAGAAAACAUCCUUUCUAAUAAGCUGCGCUUUGAUGCUCGAAUUAUAUGCAGAAAUGGACGUGAUGCUUGUCGGGAACUUAUUGGAUUUUUUUUUGCACAUGACAUGUCUGUAACAAUAUAUGAAUAUCGUCAGUUUGGAAAAAACAGGACAAAUGCCUUACCUUUCAUCCAGAAGGGAAUUUAUCAUCAUAUUUGUGGACCGAGGACAGGAAAACCAUAUAAACUUGAUGACUUUUGUACUGGAGCAAAUCUCACUUUCUUGACUACGGAACAUCAAGCACUUCCAGAGAGUUUGAAGCAAAGUCAAAUACUUAGCAUUAGAAUCACAUCCAUUGAUGAGAAAGCUAUGAAUUGCUUAAGAGACAUUUCUGGUGAAAAACAGCUUGGCUGUGGUCUUCACUGGAGCAAUGAAGGCAAUGUGUUCUGGGCAAUGCAAGAUAUGAUGAAAGAAAAACUGAAAAGCAGAGGCGUUCAAACUUUAACAGGAUUAGGAAAAUUCUUUCGACAGGUGGAUGAAAACGGAGACGGAAUUUUACAAAAGGCUAAAUUCAAGCAGGCUCUGAAAGUAUUCCACCUGGAUGUUUCAGAAGAGAUUUUUGAAUCUUUCUGGAAGAUACUUGAUGAAAAGCAUGAGGGGAAACUGGAUUAUGGAAAAUUUACUCGUGCCCUUAUUGGAGAGAUGAAUGAGUACAGAAAAACAUUUGUCCAAAAAGCUUUUAUGAAACUGGAUCCUAAUAAAUCUGGCAUAAUACCCAUGAUAGACAUCAGAAAGUUCUACUGUGCGAGGAAACAUCCACAAGUAUUGUCAGGUCAUUCAUCAGAAGAAGAAAUAUUAUCUUCAUUUUUAAAGACUCUUCAAGCGGCGUGCAGAAAUCCUAAAGAAGUUUCUUACUGUGAAUUUGAAGACUUUUAUGAAGGGCUGAGUAUUGAGAUUCUCAGUGAUAAUGAUUUUAUUAAUAUUUUAAGAAAUUCCUGGGGAAUAUAGAAGAGAGAUGCUGAAUACUGUUGGCAUAUCAGGUUAUCUAGAGAUAAUAUUUCCACAGAAGAUUUAACCCAUCAUUUUGUGAUGGGUAUAGCAAUAAUAUAAAGUUCCCUUGUGGCAAACAUAUGCAUUUGAUGUCUUUUAUUAUGUUGUUUGCGUUUUUUAAUUUUGUAAAAAACUAAAGCUAAAAUAAAAAAACAGAUUUAUACAAGCAAAUGUGCUAAUCUAUGAAACAUUCUUGUUCAAAGGUUAAGGUAUAAUUUGUUAUAAUUUAGUUUUCUUGAAUGUAGUGGCUAUCCUUUUGGCUUUGUUAGUUGAAACAGAAUCCAUUUCAAAGGAAAUUACCUCUUAAAGGGGACCUGUCACCCACACCUAAAAAGCUGUAAAAAAAGCCCUUUGCAAAUUAAACAUGACACCCAAAUAAUAUUUGUUUCUAUUAAAACAUCCAUUCUUGUUAUAAAUGUAUUUCAAAAUCUGAGCUGUCAAUCAUAUAUUGCCUGCCCCGCCUCUAUGCAUAGAGGAAGGGCAGGAAUUUCCUUUAACUUUCCAUUCAGCACUUCGUAGAUGUCAUUGCAUUUAUUUAAUCUGUACACGGACAUGGGUAUCAGGUGCCAGAUUGUGGAGCAUUAAGAUUUUGUGAUGAUGCAAACCUUGUCUUAAUAAUAGUGUUUUCAAAAUGGCAGCUGCUUGCUUGCUGUGAUUGUGUACUUGCAAGACUGAGGAAAACAAGAUUUAUAUAAUUAAUGUAGUGUAAGUUAAGUUUAUUUUGUUCAAUUAACAUAAUAUAAAAGGAUUUGGAAUUAUUUCUUAAGGUGACAGGUCCCCUUUAAGGUGAUCACCCAUGCUCAGAUUUGGUCGGGCAGUUUGGCAAUACUGCCUGACCAUCUAGGCAAGCAGUCGACCCUUGUGGAUCAAGCAUUAUUUGCCCGGUGAAAAAUGUCCAUUAGUCAAGGAGCCACAAUAUUAUUAUUAUUAUUUUGGUGGCACAACUUUGCACAACUUUGCACGGGUCAUCUUUUAGAAUAUACAUUUCUUUUUUGUAUAGCCAUUUUUAACUUUCUCUUCCACAGGCCAUUGUUUUUGCCUUUACAAAAUAUGUAUAUAUCAAUAUGCAAUCACAUGAUAAAACAUACUUUUUGAUAAUUAUAAUAUUAUUAUAAUAAUAAUAAAUCUGAUAUAUUGUCAUAUAUGAAUAGUGCCUACAGUUACUAUAAAAUUUGUUGUUUCUUAUGUGUUUUUACUGUAAUUUAUUAAUUCUUUAAAAGCUCUAAAAAAAAGUCUUGUGUUGAGAUGUUACUGCCACAUUUUAGAUCUAUUCAUUUUUAGAGGUCUGUUUUGAAAAUUUUAAAAAUAUUUCUAAAAUAAAUUUGUCUUUCAGUUAA